GUUUGAAAUAUUUUUCGAAUUUGGGAUCUAUAGCUGCUGGAAUCAUCGUGCUUGAAUUUUCAAGUUCUAUUCGUUUUUUCUAGUCUUAGGGUUGGAUUUAUUUUAUGGCAUUUGAAUGCCAGAAGUCUGCCGGGUUUUGUAAGGAUUCAAGAGUUAUUGUGAAAGAUUCUUGUGAGAAACCAACGGGUGGAUCGAGUUAUUUCAAGCUCAAAGGGAAAGCAGUGGGAAUUGAAUCUGAGAAAUUGGAAUUUGACUUGGAGAAGGGAGAUACUACUUCACUCAGUUCGAAGCAGUUAGGCUGUAGAAAUGUUCCCUUGGGUUGUCGGUCAAUUACCGACCUUCCUCCUGCAAUUAUAUCUGAGAUUCUGAACUGCCUUGAUCCGAAGGAGCUUGGCAUUGUAUCUUGUGUGUCGACGAUUCUUCAUAGGCUAGCAUCUGAGCACCAUGUAUGGAAGGAAUUCUACAAUGAAAGAUGGGGACUUCCAAUUCCAGCUAUACCGGCACCGGUGGCUGCUACUGGAUUUUCUGAUGAGAAGUCAUGGAAAGAUAUUUUUGUGGAGAGGGAGUUUAGGAGUAAAACUUUUAUGGGACGAUACAGUAUGGAGGUUUUGCAUGGUCAUACUGAAGCAGUUCGUACAGUUUUUCUUCUGGUUUCUGCAAAACUUAUAUUUACUUCUGGAUAUGACUCAAUUGUGAGAAUCUGGGACUUGGAAGAAGGAUUGUCCAUUGCUUCAUCACGAUCGCUCGGUUGCACCGUUCGUGCACUUGCAGCCGAUACAAAACUACUGGUUGCUGGAGGCACCGAUGGUUUUAUCCAUUGUUGGAAGGCGAUAGAAGGGCUUCCACACUUGUUCGAUGUGAAAGGCCCUCAAAAUCACAAUACCGAGUUUCGGCUUUGGGAGCAUGAAGGACCCAUAACCACACUUGCUCUGGACCUAACAAGGAUUUAUAGUGGUUCUUGGGACAUGACUGUUCGAGUAUGGGAUCGUUUUUCACAGAAGUGCUUAAGGAUUUUGAGGCAUGGUGACUGGGUUUGGGGACUAGUCCCUCAUGAUACUACUAUUGCUAGCACAUCAGGCUCAGAUGUAUAUGUCUGGGAUACUAACAGUGGGGAGUUGGCUACUGUCAUUCAUGAUGCUCAUGUUGGCAAGGCUUAUGCCCUGGCACGAAGCCAUACAGGGGAUUUCCUAUUUACUGGAGGGGAAAACGGUGCAAUUCACAUGUUUGACGUUACUAAUCGACAUGUUGAUACAAGCACUCAACUUGUUGGAUCAUGGAUUCCUCAUUCAGGACCAGUUUAUUCUCUAGCAUUUGAGUUUCCAUGGCUGGUUUCGGCUUCAAGUGAUGGGAAACUCUCGUUGAUCGACGUGAGAGCACUGCUUAGGACAAGGAAAAGAACUCUGUGGAAGAGAGAUUCUGCGGGGCAGCAUGUUGGUAGGAGUAUUGGUGUGGAGCCUCCUCAGAGAAUGUUGCAUGGAUUUGGGAGCAAUUUGUUUGGUGUGGACAUUGGUUUGGAUCGUAUUGUUUGUGGAGGAGAGGAAGGUGUUGUGAGGAUCUGGAACUUCUCGCAGGCUCUGGAAACCGAACGGAGGGCUCGUGCACUAAGAGGGAUUAGGUUAGAGAAUAGAAUGAGACGGCGUAGGCUUCAAAUAGAAAUGAACACAAAAGGUGGUGGUGGUGGUGGUGGUGGUCGGAGUGAUCGGUGCUCAGUUGCAGCAAAGAAAACACCAAUGAACAGCGAUAAUGUUAGUGUUUGGCACAACAAACGUGGGGUGAGCGGGAAGCUCAAAGCUUAGGUGAUAGAAUCAUUUGGUUAUCUAUGUCAUCAACUUGAAUUUGCAGUCCAUAAUUAUCUCAAUUUCAAACACUGGCUAAUUGCCGAUUCUUCGAUUCCCUUUCGAUAAGCUUUCGUU